AUGCAGCGGCUCUUCUCGUGCUGCCUGGGGAGGGUGCGGCGGCCGCCGCCCUCCGACGGCGAUGCCGGACCCUGCGCCGCCGAGCCCUCCGAGGUCCGGGAGAAGCCCCGGGGCGGGCUGCACGGCGCGGCCGCCGGAGGUGACCUGGCGCGGCUGCAGCGGCACUGGUGGAGGAAGAGAUUCCGCAUCAACAGGCGGGACGCGGAGAAGCAUCGGAUUGCGAAGCUCCAGCGAAAGCGUCGGCCCUCGUGCGGCUUCCACCUGUAUGCAGACGUGAAGCAUGGGUGCAGCGUGUUGCAGAGGAGAGCGGCAACGGUUUCUGCACCGGAGAGAGAAGAGCUUCAGCUAAAGAAGGAUGCUUCAUGUCAAACCGACCUUCAAGGCGACAGACAGACAUGGGUCAAGCAGCCGUGGCAGGAGCUCGCCAACCCUCUCAAAAGGAGCUCCCUCACAGAAGCUUCACCUGAAGCUGUGAAGUGCUACAGCGUGUACCUGCAGGAACAGAAACUGCAGUUGCAGAAGAAACUGUACCGUUCCAAAGCUAAGCUGCAGGAAUUAAAAGAACGGCAUACCCGGACUGAGUGUUAUGCCGAGUACCUGAAGGAUGCCAUCAGGAGGAACGAGAGGGAACUAACUUCCAGGAACCUGCAGGACCUUCUGACCACAUCUUCUGGAACUGCGGCUAUCCCAGAGCUGGAAGACCACAUACGACGGCUCCAAGGUGAAAAGGCCAGGCUGGAAACCACAGUCCAGCAACAAGCAAAGACCAUCGAAGCCCUUUGGAAAAAACUGCAAGCCUGUGCCUUAUCUCAUAAUGGCCUGGAGGACUCGGUAACCGGCUUUCGGACAACACGGACUGCAAAGGAACACCGACGUCGGCAGCGUGGCAGUGAAAGCAAGGAAGUAAAGAAGCUGGGCAAGACGCAAUGCCGAUCGGAAGCGCUUCCGGAUGAAGCGUGGAAAAGAAACGCCGCGCUGGAGGAAGAACAGACCAGGCAUGGCUUUUUAGUUGAAGAUGCUUCUGCAGAUGUCUUCGACAACCCUGACUGCGUCUGCAGCGCGAAGGAGAAAGUCCCAGCUCAGUUUCUGGCGAGAGAUGAAGUGACGAAUGCAGUCUCGAUGGCCCCCCACCUUACGGAUUUCCAGUCACAGCUGAACCUCCAACGCGGUUAA